UUUUAUUGGCUUUCCGGGCAAACGGUAGCCCAGUUGUACGCCCCCUCUUGUCGCCUUUCUCUCUCUGAAUAACUUACUGGACUGUCAUUGUGCGAAGAUUCAAUAAUAGUUCUUCUCUGAAAGCUUAUUCAUGUUUGAUUGUGACAGAGAAAAUUCUAGAGAUCAUUUUUCUCGUGACAGAAAGAACUCGAGAUUCUUCAAAACUUUAUGUUAUUGUGUGUCGGUUUGAAUUACAAAUUGGAGACAUUGAUAUUAUGGAUAAAUCACAACAGGAUUAAAUCGAAGUCUUAAUGUGAUUAAUGUGGCUCUAGAAUACGAAGCAAGUGAUUUUCAAAACUGUCGACAAAGUAGUGCGUGUAGUGAUAUACUAUAUAGACAAAGUAGUGCAUGUAGUGAUAUACUAUAUAGCGAUGUUUCAUCUUUAUAUUACUUGUAACUUAAUACCAAUACGUGGAAAAUUUCAUUUCUUCUGAUUAUCAUGUGACGUAUCUGUCUACUUCAACAUGACAAAGUACUCACUCGUACCGUGUAUGUUCCUAUGCUUAGCACUUGCAAAUGAAUAUUGCAGUGACAUAGAAGAGCGAUGUUAUUCGCGAUUAGGUUGUGGAAACGCUUUACAUAACUUUCAACUCGUUUGUGGUCGACAACUCUCGGGAGAAACUGCCGAGUGUACAGAGGAAUGCCAGAAGGCACUCAUUACCCUUAUGACGCGGGAUGAUGGUUACGAAUACAUAACAUGUGAUUGCAAGAAGGGUAAUGAAAAAUACUCAGACUGUGGUGUUAAGAAACGAAAUCUGCAAGUUUGCAAAAAUGUCCUGGAUGCAGCUGAAAUAUUCAAUGACCCAUCGAAGCAAAUAGCCUGCUCUAUUGCUCAUUGGAUAUGCGAUACGGACAGUUCUUGUUCCAGUGCUUUGGAUUAUUACAAGACCCGCUGUGGGAAUUUGAAGGAAAUAGGUUCUUGCCCUGAGCGGUGCAAUAGCUCAAUCAACAUACUAUAUCAACAGAAAUAUGCUUUUAAAUUACAGAAUUGUAUUUGUGAUGAACUGUUGGAAGAUUUUAACUGUUCUGAGCUCCUGCAGAACACACGAGAGUAUUGCUUUAAAGACAAGUAUUCCGUUGUAAAUAAUAACAAGCGAUAUGAGUACGCGGCUCGCCAUGAUUCCAGUGGCUUCUAUUCCGUGGACUGGACCAUUUAUCGUCUGUUGGCUACCACCAUCAUUCUGUUACAGCGAGUCCCGUAAACAUUGUUCUGUGGUUUGAAUUUUUACCUUGACUUGUGUUUGUAGAAUGGCUUAUUGUUUUGAUAUCGUUAUCCUGUAGAAAAUAUCAGACAUUAUCUGAAUGAUACGAUGAACAGUAUCGAUUUUGCUAUUCCAUUUCAACGAGUCUGUUUACCUAUUGUUAUAUAUGAAGUAAAUGAUGUAUUUUGUGGGGAAAGGGUUUGUUUCAUGUAUUUGUGAUCUAGAUAUUGAAAAUGUAUAUUAGAAUUAAUGGUACAACUAUUCAAAGCGAACAUGUAUAGUGUCAAAUGAAGGCAUUUACUUAAUUUUCAUUUACUUUAAUAUUGGAAUUUAUUUAUUUAUGUAAUGUUACAAAAUUUAGAAGUCUUAUUACACAAAAUCAAUUGAUAUACUUUUUUAUUGAUGUUUAUGUACGGUAGUAUUGAUACAUUGUUUUCCUAUAAAUUAAUUGUUAAAAUUGUAUAUGUAUAAAUUUCAAUUUCCAUUAA